AUGGAGGCCUCACAGGAGUACAGCAGCCGCAGCCGUGAGAUUUUUGAGAAAGCAUUCACCACUCUGGUUGAAGAAGAGAUUCAAUCCUCACCCGACCAAGGUCCUAUCAUCGAAGGGGCCAUAGAAACUAUCUGCAACUACCUGGCAGGAGACAUCGGUUUGACUAAGGAGGAGCACGAGACCCUCAUGGAAUAUACCACGGGACUCCACGAGGAUGAACAGCCCGUCUUUGCCAACGCUCUAGCUAACAUGAUCAAGGUCUCUCGACCUGACGACCGGAUGACAGAUGCGGACACUGAGUUUCUGUACUUCACCGACCUAGUAACGUACACAGUCGCUGAGGUAGGGAUGGCCGAUGAAGGUCCUGACGACCCGCUAUCUCAGUUUGUUGAUCAAGAGCUGGCCCUUGUCGAUGGAAGCCUCGAACCUCCGAUGGAUUUCGAGAACAUGAUGGGAGAGACGCACGAGGUGCCUCAAGGAUUUGGGUUUGGGGCAGUCGACAUUGAUGGACUGGAUUUCCAGGCAGCACUGGAUUUCGACACAACGGCAGAAUAUGCUUUUCUGGAUGGAGAUGUGGAACUCGCCUUCAACGAAAUGGAAAUAUAA